GAGUGCUGCAGUACAAAGUGAAGUGAAACGUUAAGCGGACCCAUUACCAUGUACAUCAAGUCUGGCCACCGAUUUCUGAGCGAUAAAGGCCAAAUAAUUUUCCCCGGACCACCGACCCGCUCACCUGCGCUGUACUAUCCGAGCAGUACGACGACUACAACCACCACUACCAGCACGACCACGAUGGCUUCGCUGCCGGAAACGGGUGUUAGUGAUGAGAAUGGGAACUAUAUAGUGCCGGAUAUGUGGCAAAGUAAAUCAAGUUCCGGAUCGGACAUGCUAUCGGAUAAAAUUCAGAUGUUCUACAUCUACAUAACCGUCACAAUAACGUCCGUCUUCAUAAUAGUGGUGCUGGGCAUUUUCGGGUACAUGUGCUACAAGAGGAAAGGCUUUCAGAACAUUGAUGGCCCACAAGCACCCAUCGAAACGACGAGGCGAAGAAGCAGUAGCCACAGAUCCACCCGUCGGUAUUCACGAAACAUUUCCAAAGAACGUGAAGCCGCAGCCUGUGCAACCAUCGCCGAAGACAAUCCCGGACAAACGUUACUUCGGUGA